AUGGCCUGCCCCCCGUCACCCGUUCUGGGAACCACGGGGCCCUCACGGGCCCCUGCAAAAGCUGCUGAAGAAGAAGGACUGCGCAGUGAGCGUCGUGUCUACACGGAGGCUCAGAAGGAGCGAGCCGCUGCUGAUCAGAAGUUCGCAAUGGAUUCUGGCGCCGUUGCUUUGUCUGGCGACUCUUAUGACGGAUUCAUGGCUGCGCACUCCCUCGUGCUCGUCAUGUACUAUGCCCCGUGGUGUUACUGGUCCCGCGCUGCUUUCGCAGAGCUGGACGCCGCAGCGAAGCUCCUGUCUCACCAUGAGCCUCCGGUGAUUGCUGCGAAGAUCGAUUGCACGGAGCAUGAAGAUACGUGCAACAACGAGUUUAUCCAGGCCUAUCCGACGAUUAGGCUCUACAUAGACGGGGUGGCACAGCUCUACGAGGGCCGCCGUGAGAGGACGAACCUUGUUCAUUGGGUAGACCUUAGGGUGGAUCGAGACAAGCAGCUCGUGUCGACUGCUCAUCUAGAUGAGCUCAUUAACAGCAGCAGACGCGGCGAGGGGGAGGACGGCCACGUUGUAGUGGUGGCUGCCUUUCCUCCGGAUUACAACAAGGGGGGCUUCCAGUCGGUGGCACGAGCGUUUGGCGAAGAAGUAUUCUUUGGAGACACCGCCAAUCCAGACGUCAUCAAGCAUCUGAUCGAUGCGCACGUGCUGCCUGGACUGCCUGCAGCUGAGCGCCGCGGGAAGGCAGCGUUGAAAGAACUCGUUCCUCCGUUUGUUGUAGUCUUCGUGCCUCACAAGGAUGAGACAGCGGCCCACAUCUACAGGGGUUCUGUGGGAGAAGUCAACGAGCUCCGUUUGUUUGUACGGCAGUGGCUAUUCCCAGUUGUCUCCCUCUUCGACAUGGAAACGAUUGGAAACACCUUCUUCAAGGAUCUAAGGCCGAAGCUCCUGCUCCUGCUGGACAGCCAGGAGCACGGGGUUCUGCUCAAGCAGGCAACGGCCUCCAGACCUAAGGACCCCCUUCUUGCUGCCUUUCGCGCUCAGGCAGAGGCUCAUAGAGCAAACGUUGUCGCUGCCGUAUCCGGGAACACAACGCGCUUCGAGAAGCAACUUCUUAGCCUCCUAGGAAUCGAGGAGGAGUCCCUUCCGCAAGUGCGCCUUUUGUACGUGAGUCCGAAGUCGGAGGGGCCUCACCACCCCACACAGAAGUACAAACCGUCUCCCUCUUUGCCGUUCCCUGCGCCAGGAUCGGACAAGAGCAGCGGCAGCCAAGAGGCCUUCUCUCGUGCUCUUGAUGGCUUCAUAAAGGCGGUGCUCACACACCAGCUUGCGCCGUACUUCCGCUCGGAAGCCCCCCCGGAGGUGCCAGAACCGAAGGGCCGUGUUCGAACGCUUGUCGCAUCUACCUUUGCUUCAGAUGUGCGACAGGAGGCGAACGUUCUCGUAGAGUUCUAUGCUCCGUGGUGUGGCUUCUGCCGCAAGAUGGAGCCCGCGUACAAGGAGCUGGCGGCGCGUGUGGCCGAUGUGCCGGGCCUCAUCAUCGCGCGCAUCGACGCCACUCGGAAUGAGGUAGACGGCGUUGCGAUAAGCGGAUAUCCCACGCUUUACUUGUACAGAACGGGGGAGCAGGAGCCGCUGCUUUAUAUAGGGGAUCGGACUACAGCCGAUAUGCUUCAGUGGCUUCAUUCCAGGGUUCGGGGCAUCCCUUCUUUCGAUCCCCUUGCACUGAUGGCGAAAGACUUGGGAGGCAGCAAUGGCGGCAAAGGGCCUGCCUCGGCUCUAGAGGAGUUGUGA